GCUGCUUCUGUCAUAAAUCGACACUCUCUCAGAGCUUCAUAUUCUGAGUUAAGCUUUGACUGGUGACUGGAAAUUGAGGUGAAAACAUGUCUACCACAGGAUUUUCAACAUAUGUGUGGUUGUUUUUUGCGUGCUGCUUCUGUUGCAGCAAAGCUAUGCCGACUAAACUCAACCAGGAGGCUACUAACGACCGACCUGUGAUAGGUAUUUUGACUCAGAUAGUUUCAGAUGAAGUCAUGAAACCUUUCGGGAGGAAUUACAUACCCUCCUCAUAUGUGAAAUUCAUUGAGUCUGGGGGCAGCAGAGUGAUGCCUAUCAGAUUGACUCUUACCUCUGAUGAAUAUGAAACCAUCUUCAGCAAGAUAAAUGGCUUGCUUCUCAUCGGGGGAGCGGUCAAUUUGGAGACAUCAGACUUUGCCACUGUGGCGAAGAUUUUUUACAGACUCGCUCUGAGGGCCAAUGAUAAGGGGGACUUCUUCCCCAUCUGGGGUACGUGCUUGGGCAUGCAGCUACUGACUGUGCUGGUGGCCGGUGAAGAUCUGCUGGCAAAAACCACAGCUGAGAACGUAGCGCUGCCCCUCAACCUAACUACAGAAGCGGCCUCAAGUAGGAUGUUUGAGGGUUUCCCCAACAAACUCAUGAGGGCUUUGACCCGAGAACCUCUCACUGGAAAUUUUCACCACUUUGGACUAACAGUAAAGACCUUCCAGGAAAAUGAGAAACUGGAGACUUUCUUCUCCCUUCUGUCGACAAACGUUGCUGAGAACGGAGUCCACUUUGUCUCAACCAUAGAAGGUAAAAGAUAUCCCUUCUAUGGAGUCCAGUGGCACCCAGAGGUGAAUCGGUUUCAGUGGGACAGAAAGCUCAACUUCCCUCACUCCGCUCAUGCUGUCCAGUUAGCUUCUCUGCUGGCUGAGUUUUUUGUCAAUGAAGGAAGGAGAAGUUUACAUCAGUUUGACAAUCCUGAGGAAGAGGCCUCCGUGCUGAUUUACAACGACACGCCGGUAUACGCUGGAAACUUCACAGGCUAUGAACAGAUUUAUUUCUUCUGAAAUCCUCUAGUGUCCCUCUCAGCAUGUCCAACAGAGCACUUUAUAUAUAGUCUGUGGAGGUUUUAAUCGUUAGGCCUCUAAAACAAAUAUGCUGUUAUUGCUAAUAAAGUGCUUAUUCCCAUAAAUAAACUAA